AUGUCAUCGUCAAGUGCUUAUUCAUUACAAUUACCUUAUUUAGGCACAAUACCAUUAGGAAAAUCCCCACCAAAUUUAGCAUCAUUUCAAAAACCAUUGCGUGAAUUAUAUAUACCUUAUUAUCGUCAACGACGUGAACGUCAUCAUGAUGAACGUCGAAUAAUAAUAUCGGAUCGUGAUAUAUUAAUAUUUGAACCUGAUGCAGCAUCAAAAGGAAAACGUUCAUUAAUUUAUUCGACUUUAGAAUCUAUUGUUGAUAUACAAGCAUUAGAAUUAUAUCUUAUGUUUCAUCAUACAGAAAAUCAUCAUCAUCAUAAACGUAUACGUGCUGCAUUUUUACCUAUUGGUUGUGAACAUCAAGAACGUUUUCGUUCUCUUUACUCAACAAUUGAUAAAACACAAUAUAAUCUUCUUUCAACUCCAUCACCAUCAUCAUCAUCUUGUCAUCCACCACUUUUAUUAUUUAUUAUGAAAAAAACAGGUACAAGCGGUACAUGUUCUUUACUUGAUUGUCAUGUAUUUGCUGUACGACGUGAAUCAGUUGCAUUUGAUUUAUGUGAUAUGAUACGAAAAUUAAUCCUUAAACGGACAAUGAGUCCUAUAUUACCAACACCACCAUCACCAGCACCAGCACCACCACAAUCAGCAACAACAACAUUAUUACGUAUACGUGAUAAUAGUAAAGAAGCAACAACUAUUGAAAGACGAACAAAAUAUCUUGAUCGAGAUAGACCUAUAUCAGCUAUGGAACAUCGACAAGCAGAUAUAUCAACAACAACAGAUAAAAAAACUAAUCGUUCAAUAUCAAAUGCUAAUUUAAAUGAUGUUGUACAUUCAACACCAAAUGGCCUUACGAAUCCAUUGCCAUCAUCUUUAUUUCACAUAAAUAAUAAUCAACAAUCAAAUUCAUAUCAUGAUACAUCUCAAGUAUUAAACAUAGACAAUAAUAGUCAUCGUAUGCCAUCUUCAUCUUCAACACCAAUACGUACUCUUUCAACAAAGCAUCAACAACAACCACAAACACAACAACGUCAUUUUAUCAAAGCAUCAUCAUCAUCAUCAUCUUUAAUGCUUGAUGAAUCAGAUGAAGUUGUUAAUGAUUUAAUGAAUAUUGUUGUUGCUGAAAAACUUAAAACAAUUGAUACAAAUUCUUGUCAAAUUCCAAUAAAACGUCAUGCAUCAUUUGAUCAAACAACAUUAACAAAUGAUAAUAAUGAUAAUACAUUAAAUAAAAAACGUUAUCAAUUUCAUUAUAAUAAUAGAAAACGUUCUUUUUUUUUAAAUUCUAAUCAAUUGCCAACAAUACCAUCAGCUAAUAAUACACCCGUGAUAUCACGAACAACGACAAAUGUUGAACAACCACAACAACCAUCAUCUAUACUUGAUACUUAUUUAUUACGUCCACAAGUUGUUAUAAAUCGUUAUGGUGAUAUUGGAAAUUAUGUUCCAAAAUUAUUACGUGAAAAUGUUACAACUACAACAGCAACAACAUCAGCGAAUAUGCGCACAUCUGAUAGUAAUGAAAAUAUAUUUUUUCGUGCAACAAAUGGACAUAUAUUAAAUGGUUUUCUUAAUUUGGAUUUUUCAUCCAAAACACCAACAACAAAUAGAAAUAAUAAUAAUAAUAAUAAUAAUAAUAAUAAUACUAACAAUAAUAAUAAUACAAAUUAUUAUUAUUCACAUUAUCGUUCAUCACCAUGUUUAAAUGAAGAUAAUCAUGAACGAAAUAUCUUAUCACUUGUUAAAGAAUUAAGAAAAAAUCAAAGAAAAUCUACUAUAAAUGAAAAAGAUUCUUUAAUAUCAAAUCAAACAAUUAAUGUCGAAAAUAUAAAUGAUGAUCAUUCUGUACCACCAUGUCGAAUUCCUCGUGUUACACUUCAAACUCAACAAACAAAACCAAUUCCAGCAGCUAUGGGUGGAAUUAAAGUACUACCAUUUACACCAGCAACAUCUUAUUCUUCACAACGUCCAUUUAAAUCUUCUUGUUCAUCAUCAUCAACAGCAGCAAAACCAAGACGUGUAGCUUCAUUUACAAUUGCUGAUACUGAAUUACCUAUUGAUUAUAGACAAUAUUUACGUCAUACAGAUCAAGGCAUUCAUCUUUAUGGUGAAGAACAACAACGUGAACAUCAACAACCAUCAACAACACUCGAACAUUCACUUGGAUACUUUCCUUAA